UAAUAAUAUAAAAUUCGAUAAGCGUGAGUGGAAUCGGAAGUCGUGGGUGUUAUCUUAUGAAUGCUUAGACGCGUAAGUUACGCGAUAAACGUAAAAACGUGACUGCUCCCGUUCCUUUUUAAAAACAUCUCGCUCUCGGAAGGAUUCCAGCGAACUAACAAGAAACGAGGCAACGAGGGGUAGAAGUGCGCUGAGUUACGUCACACGCGACAUUAGAAUUAUAAUUUUCGUGGUGGCCCAAGUUGGUCGUCUCUCUCCCCAAUUGUCAGUUAUCUUUGCCACGAGGUGUGGCUAGUGAUUUAUAUUUUAUUUUCGUAAACAAAAAUCCAUCUUAAUACACAGUAAUAAGUGUGUUUACUAGCACACACCUUGUCUCAAGUAAUCUAGGCGCGUCAUCAGCAUAACCUCUAAAUUCAAUCGUUCAUGUUGCUAAAUUAUACGGACUUAAUUGACCUUUGUUAUCGUACAUAAAUUAAUUAACUUCAAGUUUCUCAGUGGCAUUAUUGCAGUGAGUUUAUUUUAUUUUUAUUUAAAACUUAAAAUUAUUUUGUUAUAUUAAAGAUUUAAUCGGAAAUUAUUCAAAAUUCCGGUCCCCACUAAGAAACGAGAAGGCGCCCUGCGAACAGGCGAUAGAUUUCUGCAAAUCAGUGACCAAGAUUUUUCCUCAAUAGAUACCAUGAAUAACAAAAGAAAAAAUCGUUCCAAUCCAACUAGGUCCCCUCGAGCUCGAGGUCCUCAGGAGAGAAGUGUUGUUGCUGAAGGAGUUUACAAUAAUGCUCAUUUUAUGCAUGCAAUAACAAGUCAUGUUGGCAACAUAGUUCAGAUUCAAACCCAAAAUGGCUCAUUGUACGAAGGUAUAUUUAGAACUUUUUCAAGCCAAUUUGAAGUAGUUUUGGAAAUGGCGCAUCGUGUAGAUAGUUCAGGGAAGAUUUGUGUAGACACUGUGGUUGAAAAACUAAUAUUUAAACCACAAGAUAUAAUUACAAUGUCUGCUAAAGACGUAGACUUAGAUUAUGCAAUUAGAAAUACAUUUCAAACUGAUACAUCAAUUAGUAAGUUUAAUGGUUUAGUGGGAGAAAAAGAACUUGAACCAUGGGAUGCACCAGCAACAAUAAAUGGCGAUGACUAUGAAUUAGAUGGAGGAAAUUCUAAUGGUUGGCCUGCUGAUGAAAUGUUCAGUAGAAACGAACAAGUAUAUGGUGUACAAACAACAUUUGAACCAUCUUUAGUCGGUUAUACUCUUCCAUUACAUCGUAAAGACACUAAAGAAUUCAAAGAUCAAGAACAAAAAGCUGCUGAAAUCGCGAAUGCAAUAGAGGCUCAACCAAAUCACAAAGCUCGAUUGGAUCUUGAGAAUGGUGAUGAGGAAGAACGUUUCGCUGCAGUAAUACGACCAGCUAACGAAGGAAAAUAUGUUCCUCCUGCUAAAAGAAACAGUGUCAAUUCAGGUAAAUUGACACGAUCAACACCGCCACCACCAUCGCCUGGUUCAGCAAACAAUAAAAACAUGUUUAAUCAUCCACCUCCUGGAUCAACGGUAAAUUCUUCUCAGCCAAGUAACAUUCCAUUAGGGGGCCCGUCAAAUCAUCCUUCAGUACAACAUCCGGUAAUGGCUAUGCCACCAAGUGGUGUUGUUGUUGCUUACAAUACACCACCACCAUUUGUUCCUCCACCAACGACACAGCCUCCUCCCGUUGCAGCGAUUCCAGUGAUACCUCAAAUCCAGCCUCAACAUCAACAUGGAUCAACGAUGUCACAAGUCACAUUUGCUCCACAGCAGCCACCACCGCCAAAUAAAUUAAAUCUAGAAAAAAGAGAACGUCCAGGGCGACAACAAGGUUAUCAAUCAGACAAAGCGCCUCCUGCGCCAUUUCCACAAACUGCAACUUCUCAUCAGCAACAACAACAACAACAACAACAACAGCAGCAACAGCAGCAACAGCAACAACAACAAUCGCCUCAUACUCCACACACCCCUAUUCAGCAGCAAAAUUCUCUUGAAGGUCAACGAAGUGAUCUUCUCACUUCAAAAUCUGAUCAUAGGAAAAUUCCUACCCCGAGGACAAGAGAUGAACAACAUGCUGAAUUACGACAAUUUUCAUCAGAUUUUAAAUUAAGUGACCAACAAACACAAGAAACUCAAUCUAUUCCACGAAAACAACAGCAAUCACAUCAAGAUACACAUACACAACAAUCUAUGCAACCGUCACAUCAUCCACCAGUUCAUCAACAUCAACAAUCAUUACCACAGCCUCCACAGCAUCAAACGUCUCAUCAACAGCAACAUCAAAUUGUACAGGAAGAAACAAUAGUUGUUUCUAAACCUCCAUCAGGUCCUGUACCUAUACGGCCUACAACACCACCUCAAGUUCAACAACAAACUACACCGCCAAUGCAGCCAAGUCACGAGCCAGCCGUUGAAAAAUUAACGACAACCUUCAAAAAGUCAACAUUAAAUCCAAAUGCUAAGGAAUUUAAUCCAAACGCAAAGCCAUUUACACCGCGAUCGCCAAGUACACCAACUCCAAGCAGACCACAUACACCUCAAACACCCCAAUAUUCUGGAGCCAUGCCUACUACAGUAGUUAUGACACCAGCUUACGUCAUGACAAGUCAACCACCAACCGGGUUCUCUCAACCUCAGGCCCAACCUGUAGCAAGGUUCCGGAAGGGUCAGUAUUUAGUACCAAUGAUGCAACAUCGAGCGCCAGAUAUUGCAUCACAAAUGCAGGUAGCAGCCGCAACAGGGCAACCACUGCUUGCUCCUGCGCCACUACAUCCAUCAUUUCAGGUGCCUUAUCCAGGACAACCAACUUAUCAACAAAUGGUGCGUAUGGUACAAGCACCACCACCGCCGCCACAUAUGGCUACGCCUUAUCAUCAUCACCAUGAGUCGCCUGGGCCUCAAAAUCCUGGUAUUCAAUAUAUGGGUCACCACGGACAUCCUCAUCAACAUCAUGUAGGACAGCAGCCUCAGAGUCAAACACAAUCGCCAGCUAAUCAAAAUCCUCAACAUACACCUGGUGCAUAUAAUCCAUCGGGUACACCGCAAGCAUCGUAUCCACAGCCUCCACCUCAAGGUCACACACAAAACUACCCACUUAUGUGUCCAUUGAUUCCACCACAUUUAUCAAUUCCACCACAACACAUGCCGUAUUUACAACCUCAACCACCUGGUGCUCAACAAGCAAUACCAGUUAUUUUACCCCAUAAUCAGUAGCUACGACGGCGAUUGAGAAGAGAGAAACGUUAGUAUUUUAAUUGAGACGCAAAAUAAUUUAUAUUAAAACAUAAAUAAUCCUCUGAAUAAUUAAAUCUAUUUUAUUAAAUAUAAAUAAAUAUCUUUAAUAAAGAUUUAUUUAUUUAAACUUUUUACAUCAGCCGUUUUAGGCGUCAGGUGUCAAUUUUUACUACUGAUGAUUUGCAUUUAAACUUUUUUUUAAAUAUCAUUCUACAUAAUGCUCAAAUACGUACCUUAUUAUUUAUUUUUUAUUGGGAACUAAGAUCUCGAAUAAAUACAACAACUUUUUUUCAUUCACACGAGCAAAUUAUUUAAAUGCAGCAUUAAGUGACACAGCCGUACGGCUUAAAGGAUAAAUAAUAAAAAAAAAAAUAAUAAUAAUAAUUUAAAAAGAAAACUGCGUCUCAAUCAGUGUCUAAUUAUUGCACUAUUACUAUUCUCUCGACUCAGGAAUGUUUACGUUCCCGUUUGUCGGCUCGAUUGUCAUUAAAUCUGCAAUCUUAUAAACGAUUUUUAAAUCGGUAAAAAAAAAAUCCACGUGAAAUUGCGGGAUUUUUUGCGUGGAUUUUAUUUAAUUUCACGUCCCCGUUUGUUUUAUUAUUAAUAAAUUCAACUAAAUUAUUGCUUAGUAAAACAAUUAUUGUUAAAAUCACAAAAUUAUUUGAUUUAAUCUUUCAAUAUAUAUUUUUUUUUAUCUAUAGAUUCUUCAUUUUUACUUUGCUGUUUAGUCAAAAAAUUUUAUUAUUUUUCACCUUGAAUAAUAUUUAGCCGAAAAUAAAAAAUUUAAGUAAAGUAAGCAAAUGCAAAUUAAAAUUUCAAGUGCUGGAUCACAAAUAAGACCUUUCUAGGGAAUUUCUCAACUUAAUAAAUGCUCGAAAAUUUAAUUAUAAUAUUAAAAAAUCUAUGCACGAGUAUAAUUACCACAUUAUUGUAACCAAAUAGCCAUUAUUGCAUUAUAUAAUUAACAUAAAAAAAAAAACGUCUUGAAAACAUAUUUUGUUUAUGUACGCGCUCGCAUGAUUUUGAAAAAUAUAAAUUUCAUCAACUUCUUGUUGUCAUUGCGAAAAAAAGUAUCGAUUGCAGGUUACAAUAAUAAAAAAAAAGAAAAUUUUUAAUGUUUUCUUAUAUGUAUAAUUAUAAUGAGAAUAUUCCUGAGAGAGGUUAAAUUAUCUAAAUUCAACAGACGUACUAGUAAAUUAUUAAUAUACUAUCAUGCAGAGUAAUUAAUCAUCAUAUCUCUGCAAUUUGUUAAAGUAAUUUUUGUUACAAGAUGCUAAUUUUUGAAACUAUUAAAAAAAUAAAUUAAAAAAAAU